CUUGCAGCCAAGAAGGAAGCCUUCGAUGCAGCAUGCGAGAAGUACCAGCCCAAGUUCGAGCCCUAGUCUGGUUUACCUAUACUGCUACAGAAGAGGCUACAGAAAAGCUGCCAGUUCAAGCUAGAUAUAAAGCGGUUUGAAAAGAAUCAGGAGGAAUGGCGAAAGUACGAAAGAGACAUGAAGCGUUAUGAAGAGUCUCGAGAGAAGCGGCUGAAGCACAACGAGAACACGAGGCAGCGGAAACGGCAGGAGGGAGAGAGGCUGGAGAGGGAAAGGCUGGAGCAGAAAAGGCUAGAGCAGGAAAGGCGCUCGGGCAAUAUCAUCAAAAGAGGACUUUUCAACACCCAGGAAUUUGUGAAUUCAUUCGAACCAGAAGAUUUCUCUUCGAUCGGCGAAAUUCUACAUGAGACCGGUCAAGACAGACUUUCUGUAUCCAAACAUGCUUUUGCCCCAUCUUCGACAAAAUGAUGACUUUCUGUGUGGAUUCUGAAGGGGAGGUGGUUAUUGUGUUUUUUCUUCUGUUUUGAGGUUAAAGUUAUACGGUUUAUAAGUUU